GGAUGGAUUUGCGGCUGCUGCGGCUCCUCUCUUCCGAUAGCGUUAUCAGUGUGGGUCCGUGACGAACUCCAGCCGCUUCCUUCGCCAUGGCUUCUGCCGCUCCACCUCCCGCCUCCUCCUCUUGGGGGUGCGGUCGUCGACGUCGAGUCCGGUGCUCCGCCGAACGCCAGGGGCUCUUUAGCCGCAUCGCUCCCGUCUAUGACAACCUGAACGAGGUGCUGAGCCUCGGCCAGCAUCGGAUCUGGAAGAGGAUGUCCGUCUCUUGGGCCGGAGCGAAAAGGAGCGAUCGAGUUCUAGAUUUGUGCUGUGGAAGCGGUGAUCUGGCGUUCCUCCUGUCCCAGAAAGUCGGACCUGAUGGCCAGGUGAGCGCUCUUGAUUUCUCAAAAGAUCAAUUGUUGAUUGCCACGGCUCGUCAAGAUUUGUACUGGAAGGCUUGCUACAAGAACAUCGAAUGGAUUGAGGGUGAUGCCCUUGAGUUACCAUUCGCAGAUAGCUACUUUGAUGCAAUUACAGUUGGAUAUGGAUUACGUAAUCUGCUUGACAAACAUAAAGCUAUGAAGGAGAUAUUUCGUGUUCUAAAGCCAGGCUCAAGAGUGUCUAUAUUAGAUUUUAACAAGAGCACCUCAACUCUGAUAACACAGUCUCAGGAAUGGAUGAUCGACAAUGUGGUUGUUCCUGUUGCAAGUAACUACGGGUUCUCGAGAGAGUACAGAUACUUGAAAGCCUCAAUUGCUGAAUAUUUAACAGGAAAAGAGUUGGAGAAGCUUGCCAAGGAAGUGGGAUUUUCCGAUGCUAAGCAUUAUGAAAUUGCUGGAGGCCUCAUGGGAAAUUUGGUGGCAGCUCGAUAGUGGACAGGACAAGCACUUCGGUGUAAUUUUGGAAUGCUGAUUUUUAAAGAGCGUUCGUUUGUAAAUAGUGAGUCCUGUAGAACAGUUUAAAACCACAUGGUCGGUUGUGCAUGGACCUAAUCUGCUUCUGAAUGCAAUGCAUAAAUAUUUUAGUUCUAUGAAAGGUGAUUGCUGAAAUGUGAUUGGUGCUUGAUCACUGAUCAGGUAUGUUUCGGCUGCUUCUGGUAACAAGACUGAACUAUUGGAUGGUUGGUUGGGGAUCGCUGAUCGCAGAGACGCAGAACCAUUUUAACUUGUCAUUGCGGUCUAUCCUAUCAAGCCAUGCCACCUUUUGAUGCAAUUACCAUGUCGUUCGGUUAAUGAAAGCUUCCGAAGGGUAAUGCUUACAUGUAUCCACACAUUCGCACGCACGAAUCUACUACUUGAUUGUUGUAACAAAUUCACAAUCCAUGUAGAGUCUGACUCCAUAAAUCUGCUGUGUAUAUUGUAUAGAAUAAAUGGAAAGGGAAAAAGACGAUUAGG